AUGGGACGUGCCCCAAUUCUGCAUGUCAAUGAAGUAAGUUAUCCGAUCCUGGCGGUGUUUGGUAUCCCAGCGAACGUGCUGACGGCGGCGAUCCUGUACCGGGGAAAGUGCGGUCUCUCCAAAGGAAUAACGCGUUAUAUGAUGGCGAUGGCGAUCUCCGACCUGCUCGUGAUCAUCUUUCACGUGAUACUCCAAAGAAUCUACAUUUACUAUUCCCCUAAAUCCUUUCUGUCCCGCAGCAGUGUGUGCCCUUCUAAUAUUUACAUGCGGAUCGUCACCUUAGACUAUUCGGUCUGGUUAACCGUGUCCUUCACCUUUGACCGUUUUGUCAGCAUUUGUUGUCAGAAGCUGAGAAUCAAAUAUUGCACGGAGAGGACGGCCGCCGUGGUUAUUUUGUCCUUAUGCGCGUUGAGCUUCCUAAAGUACAUCCCCUUUCAUGCUAUGUACGAACCAGUCUUCAACAUAGAUAACGUGAACUGGGGUUGUCGGCCCAAAUCCGCCUACUUCACCUACAUCUGGUGGGUCGUUUUCUCCUGGAUGUGCAGCCUCUCUCUCUCCUUCCUCCCAUUCCUUCUCAUUCUCGUCUUGAACGGGCUGACGGUCAGGAACAUCGUAGCGGCCAGCAGGGUCCGCCGGCACCUGAAGGGAGAGGAUGGCAAGGACAGUGAGAUGGAGAAUCGGCGCAAGUCCAUCGUCUUACUCUUCACCGUGUCCGGCACUUACAUACUGCUGUGGACAAGGGCAACUGUGGCUUUCAUCUGUACUCGAGUGACAGUCAAUUUCGUGGGCGUAGAUCUCACAAGCCCCCCUUACAUCGCUAAUGAGGUGGGGUUCUUACUCAUGCUCCUCAGCUCCUGCGCCAACACGUGCAUCUAUGGAAUGACCCAGAGCAGGUUCAGACAGGAGGUGAAGGACGCGCUUCAAUGUGCCACUCCGUUUAUUAGUAAACCCAUGAAACUGGCGCAGCAAAGGGGAUAG